GAUGAAUUUCAAUUGUUUUACCGCAUCUUCUCAUUGGAGGUCGGGGGCAACGAAAACAACUACCAUUCUGAGCGCUUCCUCUCCUUUGAUCAAGUAAGGGAUACUGCAAGUCCGUGAGCCGAUAAGGGGUCGGGUUUGUUAUAAGAAUGACGCAUGGAGUUUUGGAGGGCGUAAACCCUAUGCUGGUUGCGUGGAGACAAUUUUGGGACCACACAGGAACCCGAAGAAGGUGCGAAUUGAGGAUGAUGGACGUGGCUUAAAAUACCUGUGAAAUCGACUCCUUUAAGGUCUAAAUGUAUUAAACUAAGUUUCUGUUUCUUGGCGCCUGAAAUGUGAUGCUUCAUUGGGAAUUCUUGGAGACUUAACCUGGUCUGGUUGCCGCUAUCUUCAGCGCUUGUCUUCUCUUUCUAGUGUGGGACUGUGCUUCCUGGACGUGAAGUCUCUUGUCUUGGUUCUGUUUUCAAUGCAUGGGUUGUAAUGGAAAGUGCCUUUGAACUCUGAUGCUGCUAUCAUUGCCAAAGUUUGAAGAAUGUUCAAUGAAAUCUGGAGGUUGCUGUGUGCCUCUUACUGGCUGUGAUUCCACAUACUGAUUGUCAAAUUCUUCAUAAACUGUGAUUGUCAAUAAAGGUUGCUGAUUUGAAUUGGACUGCAAUUAGUUUAUGGGGCUUGGCUGUAGUGGCAUCUUUCCAAAGAUUACUGUGCAUGGUUGUAAAGGCAUAUUGAUUUUGGAGUGAGUCAGAUCAGGGCAGGUGUUUUUAUUUGUAGGGUUUCAACUUUAACAUCAAAUAUUCUAAUGCAUAGGGCAUGGAAAUACUUAAAUGCACUUGCAAGAAGAGAGUAGAAGAGUGUAGUUUAUAAGAUAAAUGCAUGGGAUAAUGUUACAAGUUGGAUAAUUUCAGAAUGACCUACACAUUGGGCCGUUGUAUCAGUUGGGCCACAAGGAAACCCAUCAUAGCCAAUAUCGUUGGCAAACAAAAUAUUUGUGUGGAUUGGAUUUCCCUUAGAAAGAAAUUGUCCUCAUCAAACAAAUUAGACAGCACUCUAAAAUUGAAGCAUUAUCACGAUAACCCUAAAUGGAACAGCAAGGGGCUGCCAAGGUUUCGAGAGAGAAACACAAGAGAGUGGGUUGUUACAUGGUCUAAUGCUACUCAAGGCUAUUGUUCCAUUUCUACUUAUUGUUGUUUAGAAACUAGGUACUACCCAAUUGAAGAGGACACAGAAAGUUCUUUUCAAAUCAUGGAUGAAAUAAGUGAUGAAGAUGGUUCUAAGGAUCAGUCUAAUCAGGCCAAAAUGCUAAGAGAGAUAGAGGCAUCACUAGGCCGCCCUCUUGAUUCAGAGCCGCAAGUUCCCCCUGCUAAACCACUUGUUAUUGUCAUCAGUGGACCAAGUGGAGUAGGAAAGGAUGCUGUUAUUAAGAGACUGCAACAAGUGCGGAAGGGAAUACACUUUGUAGUCACAGCUACAACUCGUGCAAUGCGGCCAGGCGAAAUUGAUGGGAAGGAUUACUACUUUGUUAGUAAAGAUGAAUUUCAAUCAAUGAUUGACAAGAAUGAACUGCUAGAGCAUGCCCUAGUUUAUGGGGAUUAUAAAGGCAUUCCUAAGCAACAGAUACGAGAUUUCAUGUCCAUGGGAAAUGACAUUGUUCUGAGAGUGGAUGUACAAGGAGCAGCUACAUUGAGAUCAAUUCUUGGUAAUGGUGCUGUGUACAUAUUUCUUGUCGCAGAAAGUGAGAUGUCUCUUGUUAAGAGACUUAUUGACAGGAAGACAGAAACAAUGGAAAAACUUGUAGUACGCAUUUCUACUUCCAGAGAGGAGGUUAACCGUAUGACAGAAUUUGAUUAUGCAGUAGUGAAUGCAGAAGGGCAGCUUAAAAAAACAGUAAAUCUUAUUCUUUCCAUCAUUGAUGCUGAAAAGGCUAAAGUACACCAGAGAAUAGUUGAGAUAUAGUAUUAAUUUAGGUGUCAUUAUUUGUGUAAAGCAGAUAAUUUGCAAAUGACAAGGUACUUCAACCAUCAUUCAAUUAGAACUACAGUUUUUGAUUCCAUUAGCAUUUCGAAGAUUGAGAUAUUUUGAAAAUAGCCAAAAAAAGGCAAAAAAUAGAAAAGUCGAAUUGUUAGCAUAAUAGCAUUUACCUUUGGAGUAAAGCAGCAUAUUUUCUAUAAACCGCAUUCUAUCUGCAUUUUGAAAUGUGUGUAAAUUACCUUCUGUUAAAGAGUAAUAUUCAAUCAACAUUGUCCACCGUAA